AUGCAACUUAAAUUCGCUUCCCUUGGUCUAGUCGCCGCUGCCCUUAUGUCAGCUGUCAAUGCUGCCUCUGUUGUUGACGCUAAUGGCAACAAUGUUCAACUUUCCCGUACUGCUUACGACAUUGCCAACAAUCUUUUGGUAGCUGAUAAUGCCAACCAUGCUCGUGUCAAUGUUGCCCAUAAGCGUGAUGUCAGCUCUCGCAGAAAGAUUUCUGAUGCUAUCCGUCGUCGUAACACCCGUCGUAGUGAAAACGAGCCUGAUGAGGAAGAAGAGGAUGAGAACGAGGCUGACGAAAAUGAAGCUGAUGAGAAUGAAGCUGAUGAAAAUGAAGCUGAUGAAAAUGAGGUCAACGAGAGCAGUGUCUCACAUGCUAUGCGUCGUCGUGGUGCUGAAGCCGACGAAGAAGAGGUUGAUGAAGAAGAGGUUGAUGAAGAAGAGGUUGAUGAAACCGAAGCUUCUCUUGCUCGUCGCUGGGAAGAAGAUGAAAGUGCUGCCGAGUGGGACGAGGACGAGAAUGAAUGGGAUGAAGAAGAGGUUGACGAGAACGAAUGGAAGCGUCGUAGUUGGGGAAAUGAAAAUGAACCCGAUGAGAAUGAAGCCGAUGAAAAUGAAGCUGAUGAAAACGAAGCCGAUGAGAAUGAAGCCGAUGAAAAUGAGGCUGAUGAAAACGAAGCUGAUGAAAACGAAGCUGAUGAAAACGAAGCUGAUGAAAAUGAAGCCGACGAGAAUGAAGCCGAUGAAAAUGAGGCUGAUGAAAACGAAGCUGAUGAAAACGAAGUCGACGAAAAUGAAUGGAAGCGUCGCUCAGUAGAUGAUCAAAAGAUCACCCGUCGUUGGGGUGAUGAAGAGGAUGAGGAUGAAAAUGAGGUCGACGAAAACGAGUGGGAUGAAAAUGAAGCCGAUGAGAAUGAAUGGAAGCGUCGCUCCAAUCUUGCCCGUCGUCGUUGGGGUGAUGAAGAGGAUGAGGACGAGAAUGAAGCUGAUGAGAACGAAUGGGAUGAAGACGAAAAUGAGGCUGACGAGAACGAAUGGAAGCGUCGUGCUGUUGAUGAUGAAGAUGACGAGCCUGAGGAGUUUGGUGAGGACGAAGUCAGUGCUGCUAACAAGAAGCAAAUGUUGAAGAACAUGCGUCGUGGUUUACCUGUUGUUGGCGACCUCUUGGGCGGUGGUUCUUCUACCGGUGGUGGCAUUAUCUAA